AUGUCGAAGGAUUGGCACAGCUCUCAUUUUUGCUGCUGGGAAUGCGACGAGAGCCUGACGGGCCAACGGUACGUGCUGAGAGACGAUCACCCGUAUUGCAUCAAGUGCUACGAGGGCCGAUUUGCCAACAAUUGCGAGGAGUGCAACAAGAGCAUCGGCAUUGAGUCAAAGGACUUGUCCUACAAGGACAGGCAUUGGCACGAAGCGUGUUUCCUGUGUGCGAAAUGCCGGGUUUCGCUGGUGGACAAGCAGUUCGGGUCCAAGCUGGACAAGAUCUACUGCGGGAACUGCUAUGACGCACAGUUCGCGUCCCGCUGCGACGGUUGCGGCGACAUCUUCAAGGCCGGUGAGUAA